CUAACUUCUGCUUCGCUCUCUUAACUAAACUUACCUGUUAAAAAACCAUUCCUCUUUUGUUUAGCAUUCUCCAAUGGCACGUCGCCGAGGCCGUAACCCUAGAAGUGCCAAGACUCGCCGGGAAAGCGAUGAAGACAUGUCCGAUAACGACUACCUCCCCUCGUCUGACUCCGAUGUUGUCCUCUUAUCAGAAGAAGAAGAUGAAGAGCUUACCUUCGUCCCAUCGGCUGACUUACAACCCGAAUUCCCUGAGCCUGCUAUGCCACGAAGGGCUAAGAGAUCGCGGAGGAAGAGCGACGUCCGUUCAAAGCUGGAGUGGGAGAAAUGGGAAGAGGAGAACGAUAAGUGGUUAACUUCUCUGGAGGCUGAGGGCAUCGGCGAGGACUCCGAUCAGUCGGCGUUGCUGGCGGAGGCAAUGGAACCCUCGGAAGAUGUUAUUCUUCCUCUCCUCCGCUUCCAGAAAGAGUGGCUUUCCUGGGCUCUAAAGCAGGAGGACUCUUCUGUACGAGGCGGGAUUCUUGCGGACGAGAUGGGCAUGGGGAAGACCAUCCAGGCCAUCUCGCUCGUUCUCACCGCCCGGUCGCUCGGCACGCGAUCUCAUUAUGGCUCGGAUGUGUCUCAUUUCCGAGGAAAUGAGAAGAGUCCAAUGCCGAGGGUGAAAUGCACUCUCGUGAUUUGCCCCGUUGUUGCUGUGAUUCAAUGGGUGGGCGAGAUUAAUGCGCACACAGCUAUGGGGAGGGUGAGGGUUUUGGUUUUUCACGGGCCUAAGAGGUCCAAUCCAGGCUAUAAUUUUGAUGAUUAUGACUUUGUUAUUACUACUUACUCCACGAUUGAGAAUGACUAUCGGAAGUACAUGAUGCCGCCAAAGGAAAGUUGCAUGUAUUGUGGGAAAAAAUUAUAUCCGAAUAAGAUGAAGAUUCAUUUGACCUAUUUUUGUGGGCCGGAUGCUAAACAGACACUGAAGCAGGCCAAGCAAGUUAAGAAGAAGAAGAAGCAAGUGAAAAACUUCAACUUGAAUAAGAAGAAUCUGCCUUGUGAGGAAGAUAAUGAGGUUAUUGAGGAAAGGGAGAAGAAGAAAGUAAGACGAAAUAGUAAAUGGGAAGAGCCCAUUAACAACUUGGCAGCAGAACUUAGGGAGAAAUCAGCUCUACAUUCUGUUGAAUGGGAGAGGAUAAUUUUGGAUGAGGCUCAUUUCAUAAAAGAUAGACGUUGCAACACUGCAAGGGCUGUUUUUGCUUUGCGCUCUUUCUACAAGUGGGCUUUAAGCGGCACUCCUCUACAAAAUCGUGUUGGCGAACUCUACUCCUUGGUUCGUUUCAUCCAAAUUGAUCCAUAUUCAUUUUAUCUGUGCAGAGAUUGUAAUUGUAAGGUUCUUGACUAUAGUUCUACAAAAGACUGUCCGAACUGUCCACAUUCUACAGUGAGGCACUUUUGCUGGUGGAACAGAUACAUUUCAAAACCAAUUAAAGAAUCUGUGUAUAAUCGAGAUAAAGGCAAACGUGCAAUGACUCUUCUUAAGAAAAAGGUAUUAAGCAGCAUAUUAUUGAGGCGAACUAAGCUGGGAAGAGCUUCAGAUCUUGCUCUUCCACCAAGGAUAGUUUCUUUAAGACGUGAUUCACUUGAUAAGAAUGAAGAGGAGUUCUAUGAAGCUCUGUACACCCAAAGCCGUCUACAAUUUGGCACGUAUGCUGAAGCUGGAACUUUGAUGAACAAUUAUGCCCAUAUAUUUGAUCUAUUGAUACGACUGCGACAGGCUGUUGACCAUCCUUAUCUUGUGGUCUACUCUAGUUCUGCAGAUGUUUCUGGUGGAGAUAUUGGUGAUACCAACAAAUCUGACUGUGGUAUCUGUCAUGAUCCAGCAGAGGAUCUGGUGGUUACAUCUUGUGAUCAUUCCUUUUGUAAGGGUUGUUUGAUAGAGUACUCUGCGGCUUCUGGAGAUGUGUUGUGCCCAACAUGCGACAGACCUCUUACAGUUGAUUUAACAGCAAACUGCUACUCUGGAGGAAAAACUUCUGCGUCAUCCAUGAAGGGUUGUAAGCGUUCACGAAUAUUGCGAAGAAUUGAUAAAGAUUAUUUUAAGACCAGUACCAAAAUUGAUGCAUUGAAAGAAGAAAUAAGAAAUAUGAUUGAAGGUGAUGGUUCUGCUAAAGGAAUUGUAUUCAGCCAAUUCACUUCCUUUUUGGAUUUGAUCAAUUUCUCCCUUCAGGAGUCUGGAAUUACAUGUGUUCAACUGGUUGGAAGCAUGAGUCUACCUGAAAGAGAAAAGGCAAUAAAAACGUUCACUGAUGAUGCCAAUUGCAAAAUAUUCCUUAUGAGCCUCAAGGCUGGUGGUGUGGCUCUCAAUCUUACUAUUGCAUCAAAUGUCUUCCUGAUGGACCCAUGGUGGAAUCCUGCUGUGGAGCGACAAGCUCAGGAUCGGAUCCAUCGUAUUGGACAAUUUAAACCGAUAAGGACCGUGAGAUUCAUCAUUGCGAACACUAUAGAGGAAAGGAUACUGAGGUUGCAAGAGAAAAAGGAACUUGUGUUUGAAGGGACCGUGGGCAAUUCUGCUGAAGCCUUGGCAAAAUUAACAGAAGCGGACUUGAGGUUUCUGUUCAACUUCUAACUUUCCGGUUGCACGAUGGAUGUUUUAAAGGGCGGAGUGCUUUGCUUUUCCGAGCUGAACCUUUUUUUGUCCUGGGUGCAGAAUGUACUAAGCAUGAUUUGAGUAUUGCAUAUACUUAUAAUUUCGAUUGAAUCGGUGCUUGCCAUGCAUUCUUCUGAUGGGAGUUAAUGAUUUUGUGUGAACUUUUCCCUUUUUGUAAGGCAGUGUUGUUUGAGGAUUGGCUUCGCAGGAAAUUGCCACAGAAAUUAAAUCACCAUUAAGUGUUUUGGUCAGUAAGAUCUCUCUGGACAUUGUUAAGGUUUCUUGCUUGGUUAGUCAGCAAAAUUACUUGUAUAUAAGAACUGUUCUAAGAUUUGAAGAUCAAUCAAAAAGAAAUGCUUAUUUUUU